AUGAGUCCAAGCGGCGAACCCGAGGUCGGCUCGGAUGGGCCAAGGCAAAAGGGCAAGGCGACUCCCGAUACGCUCAAGGUCGGAUGCAUCGCCCACGUCACCAAAGACGGCCAACCACGCCGCGCCGAGAUCCUCAGCAUCAAAGAGACCAAGAGCGGGAGGCAAUUCUACUGCAACUUUGACAACUUCAACAAGCGCUUAGACGAAUGGGUCCCUGUUUCGAGAAUUGACUUCGAACAGGAUGUCGAGUGGCCCAACUCCGAGAAGGACAAGCAGAAGGACGCCAAGAACAAAAAGUCGACGGUAGUUUCCAAGAAGUCCCAGCCGUCAAAAAAGACGCAAAAGAAGGUCGGCAAGCGGGAGCAGUCGGUCGCAUCAGAAGGUCAGACACCACACCCCUGGACCGAGUUUGUCGAAUCUCAAAACAAGGCAGAUGGGGAGGAUAGGGCAAACGCGAGCUUGGAGGUUGGCGCAACCCCCGGCGUCGGCCCCGACGAAAUGGAACUAGACGAGGACGAGACGCCCGCCAGCGCCGCCAAGAAAGAGCACACCCAGUCGUUCAGCCGAGAGCAGGAAAUCGAAAAGCUGCGGACUUCGGGCUCCAUGACCCAGAACCCAGCCGAAAUUUCCCGUAUCCGGAACAUCUCCCAGGUGGAGUUUGGGCGAUAUGUCCUCUUCCCAUGGUACUUCUCCCCCUACCCGGAGGUGUUCGGUCGCGAGGACUCCAUCUACAUCUGCGAGUUCUGUCUGAGCUACUACGGCGACCUCAAGUCGUUUUCGCGCCACCGCCAGAAGUGCACGUUGCAGCACCCGCCGGGAAACGAGAUCUACCGUGAUGAUUUUGUGUCCUUCUAUGAGAUCGACGGCAGGCGGCAGCGGACAUGGUGCCGGAACCUGUGCCUGCUAUCCAAGAUGUUCCUCGAUCACAAGACACUUUACUAUGAUGUAGACCCGUUCCUCUUCUACGUCAUGACGACGAGGGAUGAGAAGGGGUCGCACCUCAUCGGGUACUUUUCCAAGGAGAAGGAGAGCGCGGAUGCAUACAAUGUUGCUUGCAUUCUGACGCUGCCUCAGUAUCAGCGGAAAGGCUACGGCCGGUUGCUGAUCCAGUUCUCGUACGAGCUCUCCAAGAUUGAGGGCAAGCUUGGGUCGCCCGAGAAGCCACUCUCUGAUCUGGGUCUGCUGAGCUACCGGCAGUAUUGGUCCGAGAACAUUCUCGACCUGCUGCUGGUGUACAGCGAGGGGCAGGAGAAGUGUACGAUUGAGACCAUCGCUACGCGACUCGCCAUGACGACUCAGGACGUCGAGCACACCCUACAGGCGCUCAAGAUGCAGGUGUACCACAAGGGAGAGCACAAGAUUGUGAUACCCGAGAAGCUGGUACAACAGCGGGAGAAGUCCAAGGCUAAGCAGAAGCGCGUUAUCGAUCCUGAGAGGAUUCAGUGGAAACCGCCGGUGUUUACCGCUGCUAGUAGAACGUGGGGAUGGUAG